AUGGCUAGUUCUGUUGAGUCGACUAAUACUGGUAAACAAGUGAUAAUAUCCCUUGGUGAUUUAUCACAUGAAGUAUGUGUAGCAGCCACUCAAGUAGAAUAUUGGCAACAAUUAAAAAAAGGAUCAAAUAUUUCAAUUACAAGUAAUGGAAAAUAUGUUCCAAAAGAAUUCAAACCAAUGUGUAAUGAAGAUGAUGAACCAAGACUUCAAUUGAUUAUUCAAUCUCAAUAUGAAAAAGAUAAUAAACAAAUUGAUAAAAUUUCUACUCGAAUUCGUCAUGAUUUAGUAUUAUUUAAACGUUAUAAUGAAUCUGUUUUUGAUAUUAAUAAUCAUCAAUUAUUUGUUUUUGCUUCUUUAUUUAAUUCUCUUUCUACUGAUGUAUUCUCUUUCGAACUAGUAUUAUUAGGUGAACAAAAUUAUAAUAUCAAACAGAUAGAAAAGACAUUUAAUUGUUCAAUUGUUAUUGAUGAAUUAACUCCGCAAAGAUAUCGUUUUACAAUACGUCAUAAAGAGUUAGUUAUAAUGGAUCUUGUUGCUAUUCAUAUCCAAGCACUUAUAAAACAAGUACAAUAUCAAUAUAUAAUUGCAUUUGCUGGAACAAUUAAACAAUCUAUUGAACGAUUAGAAACUUCUGCACCAUCAUCACUAUCAUUAAAUUCAUAUAAAUUUUCAAAUAAGAUUGAUGAAGGAUCAACAAUUAACAACAACUAG